AUCACGAAGAAGAGUAUCAUUGGCAAGAAUGAGCUUACAUCUGCCAUCGAGGCGGGUCGUACGAUCUGCCACGGCCUUGAUCAAUCCUCAAAAUCCUCUCUCCUUCCUCACACCAUGCAUACAGAAACGAACUGCUUUCUGGGAUUGGUCACGCAGAAAUGAACUUCCAGAUGCAACCAGAAGGCCACAAAACCCUUUGACCGAAGAAUACCUCAAGAAAAAGCCAAAAGUCCAACCUCCCACUCGUGGUGAUCUUGCAGAAUCUUCUAUUUUCGAAGAUGAAGAAAUUGCCGGACCGAAACCAACCGCCAUUACGAAAGAUGAGAAAGGUGUUGAGCAGAAACAGCUAGUCCGGAAUCCGGAUGCAAUGGCAGCAGCUUUAGACCCGGAUCCACGAGGACGACAAAGAUGGGAGCGAAAGAUGGUGAUCAGAGAGAUACACAAGCGUGGACGGUUGACGAGGGUACAACAGCUGAAGAAAGAGGAGAGAGUAGUCUUGUCGAAGAGUCACGACUUCAAGACUUCGGUCAAGAAGUUAAUGCCAUUAGCACGACAGAUUGCUGGGAAGACUGUUGAGGAAGCCAUCAUCCAGAUGCGAUUCUCCAAGAAGAAGGUCGCAAAGGAUGUCAGAGAACACCUUGAACAUGCAAAGAACGAGGCCAUUGUCCGAAGAGGGAUGGGGCUUGGUAUCAAGGACCAGGACUUUACACCUGUCCAAAUUCAAACCAAGGAUGGGAAACGUGUCAAGGUCCGGGACCCAACAACUUUGUACGUCGACCAGGCUUGGUGUGGAAAAGGACUUUUUCAACAGACCCCCGAUCACAGGGCGAGAGGAAACAUCUUUUUAAUGAAGAAUCGCACUACCAGUCUUUCGGUGGUUUUGAAGGAGGAGAAGACCCGCAUUAGGUUGCAUGAGGACCGUUUGAAGAAAGAACAGAAGAAGAAGGUCUGGGUUCAAUUGCCAAAUAGGCCAAUUACUGCCCAGAGACAGUACUACUCUUGGUAGAUUGUAGUAUAUGGAUGAAGCUAUGUACAGAAUAGAUGUAUGAUAUGCGUGUUAGCUGAUUUCCCCUUCGAAUGAUGACAUCAAGGUUACAAUGUGUAUGGCAGACAAUUGCGACUGCAAUGAGUGCU